UAAGUGUACUACGUAGCCAGACAGAAGGAACAAGUCUCCCCGCAAAAAACGAAAGAAGGAAGGAAGGAAGAAGUCGGCUGCGCGCAGGGAUGGGCUCAUCUUCCUCCGCCGUUUGCCUGCUAGCCUUGCUAGCAGUGUUUGCGUCUGCAGCUGGUUUCGCAGCUGCACAGCCGGUGGUCGUCACGGCCGCGUACAACAUCGGCAAUGACGAUUACAUGGCCUUCAUCGACCAGCUCCGUGCCACUCUGGCCGCUCACCCGAGCCCAGACAACGUCAACGGCCAUCCUGUUCUCCCCCUGCAACACGAGAAGCAGCCGCCGGCGAGGUGGCUGCACGUUCCCAUCACAGCGGGCGACAAGAAGGUGACGCUGGCGCUGAGGGACGACAACGUGUACCUCGUCGGAUUCAAGGCCCAGAGCGGCAGCUGGUACGAGUUCCGCUCCGCGGUGGCGCCAGGGAGGAAGCAGCCGCUGAUCCACGGCGCUACGUUCCUCGAAUGCGAGGACACCUACAGGGCGCUUCUAGGCGGCAAGAAGAGCAAAGAAGUCAAGCAGAAGGUAAGCAACCUUGAACUGGGGAAGACGGCGGCGGAAGCAGCCGUGAAGAAGUUGGCGGCAUAUGCUCAUGCCGCCGGCGGGCCGGACGACGCCACCAAGGUCGCCUUGGCACGCAUAGUCAUCACCGUCUGCGAGGCGGUCCGCCUGUCCUCGAUCUCCACUACCCUCAGCACUGGCUGGGGCCAGGCGGCGACGGUGAAGCUCGACCAUCUCCAACCUUUCUACAUGCAGAACUGGGGAGACCUAUCUACUGCCAUACUAGACUGGAGGAAACAUGGACCUACGUACCCAUGGCCCAAGAAGGUCUGCGAGGAGACGCACAUCGAGGACGCCGCCGGCGCGCUCGCGGUGGUGCAGCUUCUGCUUAAACGUAGUACUUAAUUCAGUUAAUUAACUCCACUAGCUCUCGGUGCUUCUUAGACGUGCGUACUAGUGUGCUGCUGCUGGAUGAUAAAUUGUAUGCAUGCAUGUCUAUUCUAAUAGAAUAAAAUAAAAUGACCGUGUGGGAUCGAUGAA